GUGUUUGAAAGCGAGGCCAAAGAGGGUGGGAGCGCGUGCUGCUGGGAGUUGUUUGGAGGUUGGAGGCUCGGGGCUGAGGCCCGAAGGCGGAGCGGUCAUGUCGCACAAACAAAUUUACUAUUCAGACAAAUACGACGACGAGGAAUUCGAAUACCGGCAUGUCAUGUUGCCCAAGGAUAUAGCCAAGCUGGUCCCUAAAACUCAUUUGAUGUCUGAAUCUGAAUGGAGGAAUCUUGGUGUUCAGCAAAGUCAGGGAUGGGUUCAUUACAUGAUCCACGAACCAGAACCUCACAUCUUAUUGUUCCGACGGCCACUGCCCAAGAAGCCAAAGAAAUGAAGCUGGAGAGCCACUUUUCAGCCUUAAGCCUUACCCAGCUGUCCUUACUUCCUAACAUCUUUCUGAUAGCAUGAUUAUGUUGCUUUCUUGUUUCUCACUUUGAUAUUUAAAGGAUGUUCAAUACACUGUUUGAAUGUGCUGGUAACUGCUUUACUUCUUGAGUUGAGCUGUCACCACCACGGCCCUCCCAGAUGAGUGCUCUGUGUGUCAGAGCCUCAGCUAAAUAUGACCCCAAAAGCCACAGUGUGUACUGUAUCCAGUAGAGCACACUUGGCAGAUGGAGGAAGCAUCUGGGAAUCAGACCAUGGCUGUUACAGGGAUUUUGUAAACUUGCUGUUUUCUCAUUUGCUACCGGGUGUUGUAUGUAUGGUGACUUAUGGAUUUAUGUUUCAAUGUAUUGGAAACUUUCCAUUUUAUUCGAGAAACCUGUUCUUUGUUACAAGCUUUGAUUAAUUAAAGAGGAAGUUUUUAUAAUU